AUGGGCUCAUAUAUUUCAAGGCUUUGUAAAUGUUUUGGAGAAAAAGGAUCCAAAGUUUAUUAAUAACAAAACUCAGGAACUGUUUCAUAACACAGAUCUAAAAUAUUAAUAUAGAAUAACUCUGAUGGUUAUGAUUCAGAGACUGAGUAACAUGUUCAUCAUGUUGAGUCACUUGUAAAAAUUUAAUGGAAGAAAGGAGAAUUGAUUGGACAAGGGUCUUUUGGACGAGUUUAUAAAUGUAUGGAUAUCAAGACUGGAAGAAUAUUAGCUGUAAAACAAAUUGAAUUGGGCUAUGUCGAGAAAGAAAGCUUAGAGUCGUUUCAUCAGGAGAUCAAAAUACUUUAACAAUUGAAGCACAAAAACAUAGUGGAAUACUAUGGGUGUGACGAGGAUAAUAAUCAUUUGAGCAUCUUAUUAGAAUUUGUAGGAGGUGGCUCUAUUGCAUAAAUGAUGAAGAAAUUCAAAUCCAAUCUUAAAGAACCAGUUAUUUAGAAGUAUGUAACAGAUAUACUCCAUGGUCUCGUUUAUCUACAUAAAAAGGGAAUCAUCCAUAGAGACAUUAAAGGCGCAAAUAUCAUUGUUGAUACCAAAGGAGUCUGCAAACUAGCAGAUUUUGGAUGCAGUAUCAUAGGCUUGAAUGCCUAUUCAUUGAAGGGGACUCCCAACUGGAUGGCUCCAGAAGUAAUAAAUGGCUAAGAAACAGGAAGAUAUUCAGAUAUUUGGAGUCUGGGAUGUACCAUCAUAGAAAUGCUAACUGGUUAGCCUCCUUGGGGAAGAUUUCAAUCUCCAAUGCAGGCCUUGCUAACCAUAUCCUCCAAAUAAAGCUCACCACCAAUUCCAACUAACAUAUCAUCAAAUUUACAGGACUUCUUAGAUAAGUGCCUUCAAUUUGACCAUAAAAAAAGAUGGAAAGCUAAAUAAUUAUUAUAACAUCCCUUUAUAGUUCCUAUGCCAAAAAAAGCAUCUAAGACCGAAUACUUUCUACCUCAAUGGAAACCGACAGAGGAAUAGUAAAAUUUCGAUCUUCAUGUGGCUCCCUAAUUAGAAGAUAUUAAAAAGUUCGAUAAAGAAUCUUAGCCCAUGAUUCUUUCUAGAGCUAGCUAUGAAAAACGGCCUUCAUAUUGA